UCCAUUCUUUCUCCUCUGCGUUGAGGUACCUUUGCCUCUCGGAGCAACUAGUUUUGGAUCGAGCGUGAGCGGUUGCCUGUUGGAGACUGGAGGGGGGGCGAUGUAUAACGCGAUGAUGGAUCCCGAGAUCAUGAGGCUUGCUCAGGAACAGAUGAGCAAAAUGGCACCCGCGGAACUGGCAAGGAUCCAGCAGCAGAUGUUUUCGAAUCCCGAGUUAAUGAAACUAGCAACUGAAAGUAUGAAGAAUAUGAAACCUGAGGAUGUGAAACUUGCAGCAGAGCAGCUAAAACAUACUAAGCAUGAAGAUAUUGCUGAGUUGACUGAGAAGAUGGCCAAUGCUUCACCUGAAGAGCUUGCAUCUCUCCGGAUGCGUGCGGAAGCUCAAAUCUCUUACCAAAUUAGUGCAGCUGAGAUGCUAAAGAAACAGGGGAAUGAGCUUCAUGCCAACAUGGAGUAUCAUGAGGCAGCUAAUAAGUAUUUACGAGCCAAAGGCAAUUUAAAAGGCAUCCCCUCAACCAAAUCAAGCACUCUGAAGUUGCAAUGCUCUCUUAACCUCAUGUCAUGCUACUUGAAGACAAUGCAAUAUGAGGAUUGCGUGAUGGAAGGCUCAGAGAUUUUAAAAAAUGACUCGAAGAAUGUCAAAGCUCUCUAUAGAAGAGGUCAAGCUUACAAGGAACUCGGUAAAUUAGAGGCUGCCGUGUCUGACUUGAGCGUGGCUUAUAAAAUUUCCCCAGAAGAUGAGACUAUUGCAGGCGUCUUAAGAGAUGCUAAGGAGAUUCUAAUGAAGGAUGGAGGUGCAAGUACAUCACAAGGAGUUGUUAUUGAGGAAAUAGACGAAGUGGAAAGCAGAACAGUGCCAUCAAAUUGUCAUAGUACAGCUGAAUAUUCUGUGAUGCAGCCAGUUGAAGGCUGUGAAUCCAACCCAAACGAUGGAUCUUAUGGUGAAGUUUCUGCGGCAAAUUCCGAAGCUUUAAGAACUUUGAAAGAAAAUCCUGAAACCAUCAGGUUAUUCCAGAAAUAUGUCUCAAACGCUGAUGCAGAAUCUAUUUCUGCCAUGGGUCUUGGUAAAAUGUCUCCUGAAAUGAUUAGAACUGCCACAGAUAUGAUUAGCAGCAUGAAGGCUGAAGAGCUUCAGAAAAUGCUUGAGGCUGCAUCUUCACUGAAAGGAAAUGGGUCGCCAUUCUCUAACAUGAAUGGUCAUGGCAUGACUCCAGAAAUGAUUAGAAUGGCUUCAGAAAAAAUCAGUAGUAUGCCUCCUGAAGAGCUCAAGAAGAUGUAUGAAUUUUCAUCCUCCUUUAAUGGGAACAGCAUGAAGGCUGCUUCUGUUUUCAACUCCCAGAGAUCAGAAAGCGCCUCACAAUCAUCAGUUGCUACAGUUAAUGCCACUGCAGGAACAAGAAAUAUCAGUGGACUGCCUUCAAGUAGUACUUCGAGUGCUCCACCAACUGAUUUGCAGGAGGCCAUGAGGAAUUCUAUGAAAGAUCCGGCCAUGCGGCAGAUGUUUGCAUCUAUGGUGAAGAACAUGAGUCCUGAAAUGAUGACUAGUAUGAGUGAACAGUUUGGCAUGAAGCUCUCCAAAGACGAUGCAGCAAAAGCGCAACAGGCCAUGGCUUCACUAUCACCGGAAGACCUGGAUAGAAUGAUGCGAUGGGCAGAGAGAGCACAGAAGGGAUUCGAGAUUGCGAAGAAGACUAAACACUGGCUCUUGGGAAGGCCUGGUAUGCUACUUGCCAUUGUCAUGUUAGUCUUAGCCUUCCUUCUCCACCAACUGGGUUACAUCGGUAGUUAAAAGCUGCAAUUAUACGCCAAAAUGAUGAUACACUCACCUCAUGAAAGAGAGCUUAUAGCUUUAUAUCACAAUAUCUUCAUAUAUUUUUAUAAACCUGUGAAACGUACAACUCCUUUCAUGGUAGUUUGCCUUUGAAGAUCAUAACAAUUAACGGCAACUGACCUUGCUUCAUCUACCGGCAAGGUUGUAGCAGAAGCAUUCUUUUUGUUAACAAAAUGUGUUGUAUUAUUUACUGCCUAGUAAAGUCAUUGUUCUCCAUUUUACGGAUGUAUAACUUAUUUCGCAUCUGUAAUUUAGUUAAUACAUAUAUUCAAAUGUUCCCUGCG